CUACAAUCAGUUGCAGUUUUUGCCCCGAGGGAUACUUAGCAAUAAUAUCAAUCUGACGGAACUGGAUUUAUCAAACAACGAAAUUCAGAGUCUGCCCAUGGAUGUUUUUGGCAACCUGACUCAGAUGAAAAAGCUCUUACUCUCCAGUAACAAACUUCAGCGCUUGCCAAGGUUCAAAAACCUCUCCGAGUUGAAAAUAUUAUACCUGUAUAACAACAGCCUCGUACACCUGUCACCUGAUCAGUUCCAAGGCCUGUCCAAACUGGAAGAACUGGCUGUUUACGAAAACAAUAUUGACUACCUGCCACAUGAAGUUUUUAAAGGCAUGAAAAACAUGAUGUCUAUGAGCUUUUAUUUCAACAAUAUCCGUACCGUUAGCAACGAACAAUUCAAAGAUGUCGCCCCAAGUAUUCGAUUCCUGUACCUCCAUUACAACGAAAUGCGAGAACUACCGGAGGGUUUCUUCACAAACAUGAAGAAUCUAAUAACUGCGACUGUAGACACCAACCUGAUGUGUUGCCAUUUGACGAAGGAGGAUGCAGAUUGCGACUUUGCUUAUGUCGACAGCUUCGCCAGUUGUGAAACUUUGUUCAGAAAUCGAGCUCCCAGGGAGUGCCUCUGGGUGAUUGGAAUUAUGUCGUUGGUUGGUGCUGUGUUUGUCAUUGUGUGGCGGUUGGUGUUUAGGGAGACGAAGAAGAAAAACAAGAUACAGUCCAUCAUGUUGAUACAUUUGGCUGGGUCCGAUGGACUUAUGGGUGUCUACCUCCUAACUAUAGGUGUGGUGGAUGCCAUUUGGGCAGGGGAGUAUUAUUUGCAUGACUAUUACUGGCGUUCAAGUUUGACAUGUCAGAUAACAGGUGCCAUUGCCGUGUUGUCAAGUGAGGUGUCUGUAAUGACGAUUUGUUUGCUCUCCGCCGACCGGAUGAAGAAUGUUCUGUUCCCCUAUCGUGGAAAGUCCCUUACACUUAAGGUUACGCACCUUUUGUGCUUCCUUAUCUGGAUUGUUGGUGGCAUAAUUGCAUUUAUUCCCACGGUGGGCUUCGACUACUUCGGUAGUCGCCAGAAAGGUCAUCACUUUUAUGGCAGAUCAGUUGUAUGUCUGCCAUUGCAGCUUUCCACAGAUAAGCCGUCGGGCUGGGAGUACUCUGUUGCCAUGUUUGUGGGUUUAAACUUUACCCUUGUGCUCUUUGUCGUUGUGGCAUAUGCGAUGAUAAUCUAUAAGUCCUGCGCAUCAAACAGGCGCAUGGCUAAGCAAGGGACCGAAAGAGAGAGGAGAAUGAAAGCCAAGGCAAGGGCAGCCGAUCUAAGGAGGGAGGCCUCGCUCGCCAAAAGAGUGUUCUUCAUUGUUCUUACCGACUGUGUCUGCUGGCUGCCUAUUGUGGCGAUUGGAAUGAGGUCUCUCUUGGAAAAAUCCUUCCGUACACCUGGUGACCUCGCAGUUUGGAUCGCAGUCUUUGUUCUGCCGGUUAACUCUGCCAUCAAUCCCAUUCUUUACACCUUGUCUACCCCACAGGUCCGAGGAGUCAUCAGAGCCAAACUCCAACCAUUGUGGGAUUAUCUGGUGGCAAAACUCGGCCGAAAUCAAGAUGUUGAAGUUCAAGAUCAGGGAAUAGAGAUGAGAGUCAUCGAAGAAGUACAAAACCAAGAGGAAGUGGGGAGCACUGACGAUAGUGAGGAUGAAUCGCAAGAAGAACAAGGAGAUGGUGAGCACCAUGCAGGAUCAGGCGAAGACAAUGAACAACCUUUUGAAUCCCAGCAAGUUGAACAUGAACAAGACGAAGAACCA